AUUUCAUCCAGUCUUCUACUACUUACUCUGAUUUACUUUCUCAUCACUAUCCAUCCCCUCCGCCAUGUCCCCCUCCUCCAACCGCCCAGGGGCCGAUCCCCUCGCCGUAUCCACGCAAUCAUGCGCUCCCACUUCCAGUCGCGAUGUCGACCCGCGCGAACACUCCCCCGCCGCAUCGGCUCAUGACCUCCGCCACACCGCAAACUCCACCAGCCAUGGUAACCUCGAGGAGGAUGAGGACGACUACACGUCCUCGUCGGGGUCCAGUGACGACGAUAGCGAAGAUGACGACGAGCCUAUCACACAUGAGCAACCUCAAUCCAAACCUCCCUCCGACGACAUCCCGCGCAUUCCCUCGAUACCCAAACCGCGCAUCCACCGCAUCGAGAAAAAUCCCGAUCUGCUCUCCCGCUUAUCGGCCUUCCUGCCUCAGAUGAAAACCGCCAAUGAGCGUCUCGAACAGGAGAUUGCCGCCGGUCGGGCGAAGGAUGUGCGAUUGGAUGACUUGGAUGAUGACGAGGAGGGACAGUACAUCGAGAUGAACUUGGGUCUAGGUGUUCUCGAAGAGAAGCGACCGGAUGAGGAGAGCAACAAUGCCUCCGAGGGCAAGCCCGAAGCCAAGCAGAAUGAACAUAUCCUGCCUGAGAGGCCCAAGGCUGCUAAGGACUCGAACGUUCUGGAUACCCUGAUGGGAAAUGCGGAGAACUCGUCGGAGAAACCGACCAUCGAGGAGAUAUAGAGGCUAUCAUGGCUAUUGAUUGCAUGGGUUGGCGCUUCCGGUUACCGGUUGGUUUAGGAUAUACAUAGUUGCUCGGGUCUGUAUUCUGGGAUACUGCUAGGCUUGGUUUACA